CUUUUUAAAGGAAUACUCAUGCUGACUGAAGGUGUGGCUUGUUCUGACUAUUACUACUAAACAUGCGUGUACCUAAAAGUGAAAGUGACUCAGAGCCGGUAUUGCCUACUUAUUAGCAGAGCAGUGAUGAAAAUGUAGAUCUACUGCGCUCCCCCGUGAUGAACGUGCCUUCCACGCAGCGUGGAGAGCCAUGUGGCCCGAUUCUCCAAAGUCUGUGGGACUACGUGAGGAGUGAACACGAGGGGGUCCUUCUCUCCCCUCACCUGCCCGUGUUUUGCGCUUUCCUCACCCACGUCGCGUUUUGCACACCUUUCCUGGUCCUGGAUCUGCUGGCCGGAUUCAGUCGGCGGUUUCGUGCGUGGAGGAUUUACGCCGAGGAGCCACUGCCGCCGUUUCGCGCCUGGUUGAAGUGUCUGUGGAAGUUGGCGGUCCAAUACCUGACCGUCGUGCUCCCCGUUUCCGCCCUACUCCAAAUGCCGAGAUGUCCCCUUCGACUCCCCGGGAGGUCUCCAACGAGCUGGCAGCUUUUUGUGGACGUCUUUGCCUGUUUUCUGCUUUUUGAUUCGCUCUUUUUCUUUUGGCAUCUCAGCAUGCACAGGUUCCCUUGGUUGUACCGCAACAUCCACCAACAACACCACCAGCACCGGGUUCCCUUUGCUCUGCAGGCCCAAGAUGCCAGUACCUCCGAGCUGCUCUCUCUGCUGCUGCUAGCCCGAAUCAGUGCCUUUUUGGUGAACUGUCACCCCAUGAGUGAGAUCCUCUUCCACAUCCUCAACACCUGGCUGGCGGUGGAGGACCACUGUGGCUACAAUCUGCCCUGGGCUCUGCACAGACUACUACCUUUUUUGGGCGGAGCUCCACACCACCACACUCACCAUAGACGGCACAAUGUCAACUUUGCACCCUAUUUUACCCACUGGGACCACAUUUUUGGCACAUAUAGCGAGGGCUGAAUGUGUUUACAAGUUUCAUCAAUGUAAUUUUAGAUUUUUUUCAUUUAUCCCGCAAUCUACGCAACAAUUUUUGCAUCCAGAAGUAAAAUAAUCUACAGUAGUGUGUACAUCAUGUCUACUGAAUAAAUCUAUGAGCUUGUCUCCAUAGGGACUUGCUGUUGAAUCCACAAGUAGAAAAUGAAAUUUAACAGCAACAUUACCGCGCUAUUUUCAUCAUCAGACACAGGAAGUUUCAGAUGUCCAAGUUUGUCUGGACUUGAGCAGGGAGAAGGCAUUCGACCAUUUCCCUCAGGGAUUUCUGGGGGGGUGUUUUCAUAGUAUAUUCUACCACCAUAUGGUACUACAGACGAUUCAGUGCACCUGGAAUCAGAGUUUGUUUCGCAUUACUCUGCCAAGGCUUCUCUUUAUCACUAAUUCAGUUCAUAACCUUUAUGGACACUUCUUCAUGCAGGAGAGUCAUUAAGGGCCAGCCUGAGUACUAGAUAUCUGAUUUUUGGAGGCAAUGUGGCUCUUCUGCCUUCACCAGGCCGUGAUCGUUAACUCUGUUAGGAGCAUUUCGUAGCAAAGUGUGAAGCGUUUGGGAUGAGAAUUCUCAUCUUUAAAUCUUAGACCAUGGUCCUCAUUUGGAAAAAGGUGAGGUGCUCUCUCCAGGUUAGGACGGAAACUGUCAGGAUGCGUGGACAAGGUGGACCCAAAUGCAGAGAAACAGGAAGGCGAGGCAAGGUGGUGACCAACUCAAAAAUGUUUUAAUAAUCUUAAAAACAAAGUUCAAACAAAAGUCAAGGGGAUACAAAGCAGAAAGGCAAACAAGACUCAAGGUACUCACAAAAGGUAUCAAAACAAACAGGAACGAGGGCUUGGACGGAGAAAUAGACACUGGGAUUGACAUGAAAUCAACACUCGCAAAGACAUUUGGAUAGACAAUGACCCAACAAGAACAGAAAGCACAUGGGGAACUUAAAUACAGACAUGGGGUACUGAGACACUUGCCACGUUUACAUGGAGCCAAAUAUUCCAAUUACAAUCGGAAUAUUUGUUCAAACCGAAUAAAUGUGUUCCAUAUAAACACCUCAUUCGGAAUGAACAGGCCCAAACCGAAUGGAAUUUCAUUCCGAUUCACAGGGGUGGAAUAUUCCUUUUCCCAAACCGAAUAGAAGUAAAAUUAUAUCAUGUAAACAGGGAAGCGGAAUGGUGUCUGGUUGCGUUCUUUCUGCACAUGCUCCGUACUGACGUGGUGACGUCACUUGGUGACGUAAGUAACGUCACUUGCAACAUGGCUUCCAAGCACAGCGCACCUAAUUGGAGUCCGGCGGAAAGAUAGUAUUUAAUUCAAACUUUAAAAUAAUUGAAUAUAAUUGCUCGCUUAUACGGGCAUAAAACGAGGAACAGUGAACUAUAUUAAAAAGUUCACGAGAGGUUACACGAAGCCGGAAUAGACCGGAGCGUUGACCAGAUUAGAAAUCGGUGGAAAACGCUGACAACCGGCUACUACAAGGCAAAAGAGCAAAACAGCAGAAGCGGAUACGACACCACAAACACAACAAGUGGGUUAAAGUUAAAACAGCAGCACUCUGACGAUCGAUCUCCAUGUUUUGCAACGUGACGCUUUGUUUUGAUUAAUCUGCGCAUGUCAGACGGCAGUUGUCAAACAUCCUUUCGGAAUAAAGGCAGACACAUGUAAACAAUGGGUCGGAAUAGAUGAAGUGACAUGUAAACAGCCGAUCUGAAAUUUCCAUUCGGAAUUAUUUGAAUCGGUAUGAAUAAAAGUCAGCAUGUAAACGUGGCUACUGAGACACCGGUGGUUGAUACAAGAGGCAGCAGAUUGGUCAAGACACAAGUAGCAGGCCACAACAGUUGAAAUCAAUGGGUAAUCACAUGGACAAGAAUCGUUAUGGCACAAACUGAACAGAACUUAUUGUCAACCAUGACAGAGGGCCACGGAGACAACCCAGGACACGCUAGAGACAUGUUUCCCGACUGGCCUGGGAACGUCUCGGUACCCCUCUGAUGGGGAGAAGAAGAUGGAUGGAUGGAGUUUUAUGGAUUGCAACAUCAUGAACAACAACUGUGUUUUGUACAAGCCAAUUUACCAGCUAAACUAAUCAGACUUAAAUAUAAAAAAGUAACAAUGGCAGCCAAUGAGUUGAACACAACAUCAGCAAUAGAUGUUCAAGCUGCCCUUCUAUUAUUAGAAGCAACUAUCUUGUGCUUUCAAGUUAGCAUACCAUCCAAAUAUAAUUGUUUUUAUGUAUUUCUCUUGCAUCGAGUGGGCAUUGUUCCAAAUGUAAAAAGUAUUUAUUGCACAUAUUUUAUCACAUAAAGUGUGAUUUAAUAAAGUCAGUGUUCUCUUUUGUGUCACAGCUGUUUUUAACCUUCUGAUGUAUUUGAUUAGUUUGUGGAAGAUUCAAACAGAACGAAGAACACAGCUCACAUUUCUAUUUUUCUACCUCCGUUUAAGAUUUCUG